GAAGAGUCAAGCGAAAACUUUGACGGGUCGCGACAGCUCGUAUAGAUUACAUAUAGGUAGGGCAAAGCUUCGGUACCGCACUCGAACUGGCCCACGCGGCGUCGGCUAUUGACAGCUCCCGGUUGGUGAUCUACUCUGCCACAUGGUCUCAUGAAGCUUGGUCGCUUUGUCUCGAAAAGCUUGUGGCGAUUUGGGCGUUGUUGUUGUGUUUACGCCAUUGCACCUUGUCCAUUGUGGGUGAUGGCGCACUCUGAGCGCCCUUUCGAACAAAUUCCUGCCCGGCAUUGCAGAGAAGAGACCCGAAAGCGUUAUCCUCCGGACUCAGUACGUUCAUGCCGAAUGCGAGCCGAACACGGAUACGGUUUCACUCGGGCAAUGGGUUUCCAGCUCUCAGAACUGCUCUCUCCUCUCUCUUCGAAUUCUCUUCGUCGUUUUUGCUUGUUUAUUCGCGCGCGCUCAAGCCUUUUGCAAGGUUCUUUAGGCGGCGGGUCUGUGCAGUAGGAAUUUGCGACGUAGAUCACCUAACGGGCGAUCCCUAACCGCUUCUGUCGUGCACGGACCAGUC